CAUGAACUUCCAGUUUCGUCAGCCAUCCUCAAGACCCAUAUCUAGAAAUAGAGAUAUAUAUCUUGUGUCAUGGUCAUCAUGGACUUCCAGCUUCGUCACACAUACUCGAGACGCUCACGAUCUUUAAUAAACUGGUUGCCACGAUGGCUGCCCGGACGGUUGUCGUGCUCCCUGACAUGUUCAGGUGCUUCCUGGUCCAGGAGCCCAGGGUAAAUCGAAACUACAGGACAGCCAAAUUGGCAUCGGAAAAAUGGCUUACAGAAAAGUGCUCCUUUUCCCUGAAAAUGCAAAAGAGAGUCAACGCCUGCGAUUUCUCGUACUUUUGCUCCGUUGCCGCACCGGAUGCGCCAAAAGACCGCCUGCAAACCAUGUGUGACUGGGGAAACUGGGUCUUCCCAUUUGACGACAUGUUUGAUUCCGGACAUCUAAGAUCCGACUUGGAAACAUCGCGGCAGGUACUCAACAGUCUCAUGUCAAACAUGCUGGGCAAGAGCUGUUACAUCGGCACCAAGUUGCCAGUUUUUCAGGCCCACGAUGAUGUCUUUAGAAGACUGUCAGCGUGUGCCCCCAUAGGAGUCCAGAGACGCUUCGCGAAAUCCAUGGAGUUAUACGCUGAGGGGGUGGCAAGACACGUGCAGACCUUCACGAGCCACCGUCUCCCUUCCCUGCAGGACAUGCUGCAAACAAGACGGUUGUCCGUUGGAGUCGCGCCGCUUUACCAUUUGAUCGAGUACACGCAUUCUUUGCAGAUACCAGACGACGUAUUCGAGGAUCCUGCGAUCCAGGCUCUGGAGCGCCUCGGGGCAGACCUCGUCAUCCUAUCAAACGAUAUUCUUUCGUAUCGCAAGGAAGAGUCUGAAGGAUGCCCCUUCAACAUGGUUGCGGCUUGUCGAAUGAAUGGAAAAUCUGCGCAAGAAGCUUUCGACAUAGUUGGGUCCCUGCUUGAGGAGAGCUACAUCGAGUGGGAUGAGGUGAUGAUUCGCAUGCCAUGCUGGGACGUGGCUGUAGAUAGCGAAGUUGAGCGCUACAUCAAAGGCAUUCAGAACGUCGUCCAAGCCAACAUCAGCUGGAGCUUUCAUUCGAAAAGGUACUUGGGAGCCGAUGGCCCGCAGGUACGCAAGACCUGGAGAAUCGACGUUCUGGUCAACCCUCCGUACUUGUCAGAUUCUGUAGGAGCGGAGUAUUGAGUUAUACACCGAGGUCAGAGGUUAUGUAAAUGGCGAUACCUAUGAAAACGUGUCCAAAACCGCAUUUUCUUCGCAUAAUAGUAACAUCAAAGGCCCGUGAAGUUAGAUAGAAGGAAGCAUGUUAGAUGCAGACGACUUGGCCACGAAACAGCUCAGAGCAACGACGCAAGAUCAUCGCCAAUUUCAAGAUGUAAUCUCUAAACAGAAACGCAGUCCGGUGGGAUCUAGCUUUUGUAUUUAACCAAAAUAUGUCAUACUCUAGAGCACCUUCUGUAGAAGUG